ACAAAAAAAAAAACCGCAAAGUUCUACCGACAUCCGUUGUGUGUCCUCCGGGCCACCGUCGUUCUCCGACAUAUUGUCUGCGGACAGCAAAUUCUGGAAGGGAGGGAGAGUCCUGAGAUUAAAAAUUAUUUAAGCGCAGGACAGAUAGAGACGUCAAUAGAAAUCGCAGCAAGAAUGGAAACCACAGCAAGUCCUGCGAAAGACAACUACAGAAUGAAUCGGUACAAGAACAAAGCCCUCAACCCAGAGGAGAUGCGCAGGAGGAGGGAGGAGGAGGGGAUUCAGCUGCGGAAACAGAAACGAGAAGAGCAGCUCUUCAAAAGAAGAAACGUGGAGUUGAUCAGUGAUGAGGCGGGCAUGUUUGACAGUCCAUUGAUGGACUCCAUUGUCAGCUCAACCACAGCUGGGGACGGUGUUAUUACAAGAGACAUGGUCGAGAUGCUUUUUUCAGAGGAUCCCGAACUUCAGCUAGCCACAACCCAGAAAUUCAGAAAACUGCUGUCUAAAGAGCCAAACCCACCAAUUGAUGAAGUCAUUAACACCUCCGGGGUAGUGGAGAGGUUUGUCGAAUUCCUGAAGAAGAGCGACAACUGCACAUUACAGUUCGAAGCAGCGUGGGCUUUGACAAACAUUGCAUCCGGAACCUCCCAACAGACCAAGAUAGUGAUUGAGGCUGGGGCAGUGCCUAUCUUCAUUGAGCUUCUCAACUCAGACUUUGAGGACGUACAGGAACAGGCAGUGUGGGCCCUUGGUAACAUUGCUGGAGACAGUGCUGUGUGCAGAGACUAUGUGCUGAACUGCAACAUCCUUCAGCCACUAUUACUGUUACUUACCAAGUCCACUAGGCUGACUAUGACCAGAAAUGCAGUCUGGGCCUUGUCUAACCUGUGCAGAGGAAAGAGCCCCCCUCCAGACUUUGACAAGGUGUCACCUUGUCUGCCAGUGCUGUCCCGGUUGCUGUUCAGCAGCGAUCCUGAUUUGUUAGCAGAUGCCUGCUGGGCCCUCUCCUAUCUCUCCGAUGGGCCAAACGACAAAAUCCAGGCUGUGAUUGACUCUGGGGUCUGCAGACGACUAGUAGAACUUCUGAUGCACACUGAUUAUAAAGUUGCAUCCCCUGCACUGAGAGCUGUAGGAAACAUUGUAACGGGCGAUGACAUCCAGACACAGGUUGUUCUAAAUUGCUCUGCCCUGCCAUGUCUCCUACACUUAUUAAGCAGUCCCAAGGAAUCCAUUCGCAAGGAGGCGUGCUGGACUAUCUCAAACAUCACUGCUGGAAACAGAGCUCAGAUACAGGCAGUCAUAGAUGCAAACAUCUUCCCAGUGCUAAUAGACAUAUUGCAGAAAGCAGAGUUUCGCACAAGGAAGGAAGCUGCUUGGGCGAUCACAAACGCCACAUCAGGAGGAACUCCAGAACAGAUCAGGUACCUGGUAAACCUGGGCUGCAUCAAGCCGCUGUGCGACCUGCUCACAGUCAUGGACUCCAAGAUCGUGCAGGUGGCUCUCACCGGCCUGGAGAACAUCCUCCGUCUGGGGGAGCAGGAGUCCAAGCAGAAUGGCAGCGGGCUGAACCCCUACUGCAGCCUCAUCGAGGAGGCUUACGGUCUGGAUAAGAUUGAGUUCCUCCAGAGCCAUGAGAAUCAAGACAUCUAUCAGAAAGCCUUCGACCUGAUCGAGCAUUACUUCGGUGUGGACGAGGAGGACCCCAGCCUGGCACCACAGGUGGACGACAGCCAGCAGCAGUUCCUGUUCCCACAGCAGGAGGCCCCCAUGGAGGGCUUCCAGCUAUAACGCCCGUCUGAAAAUGAGGAAAUAAUAAUGAUUAAUAAAAAAAUUGAAAUUCACUAGCAGCCGGAGCCAUGAGACCACCACCAUCCAUCAACCAGUAAAAUCAGAAGAGGUUUGAACCCCCCCUCCCCCAAAAAAAUCCUCCCCACUCGCAAGAAAAAGAAAAAAACUUAAAUAUUUAUCUGCUUGACUAUUGUUCACUAGAGCAAUUUGAUUUACAAGUGGAGGGAGGAGAUUAAACAAUUUUUUUUUUUUUCCCCCAUUUGUUUUUGUUGAUUUGGAUACCUAUUCUGCCUUUAAAAAAAAAAAAAAAGUGAAUUUAGUGAUGAACUGAAUAAUCUACUCUUGAGUUUUCAUGUCUUUAAACUUAAGAGCAGAAAGUCUGGCAGUAAAACAAGGAAUUCAAGCGUUAGACAUGGUCAAUGGGCAGAGAAAUUCUCUAGACAGGUACUUCCCUGCGUUGGUAAAAAAAAAUAGGGGUUGAGAGUUUAGAGUGAAAUUUAUGGCCUUCUGUUGGAUUGAGCAGAUUUUUUUAUUUUUUUAUUUCUCAGUAUCAUUAUUUUGUUUGUCUCUUAAAGAAAGCCACUGUAAACACAGCUCUUAAAGUGUUCAGAACAUUUUCUAUUCAAUAACAGGCUCCGCUGCAAGGACUUCAACAGCCGUAUUGCUAUUUUAGAAUCGUAUGCUUUUCAAGCAGAAAGGUGGCAUACUAUAGAAUUGGCACUGGCUUUCAAAGGAGCUCAUUUGUUGUUUUGCUACUGAUCCUAACAGCACGCUGAAGUUUUUGGAUAUGUUGAAAACUUAAGUUUACUUGAUCGGGUUUAAUUUAAGCAGUGUUUUUUGGUUACAGGGAGGGUGGGUACCUGGGAAAAAUGGUUCUACAGAAAAAAAUAUAUAGCCAACAGCUGAUCAAAGCUGGUAAAGUAGAUAUAAUGUAAGUUGUGUGCUGUGUUUUAAUAAUAACAAUUUAAGAAAUAAAAUUAAAAUGCAGUAAAAAGUGCCUGCUUGAGUUCUCUGGUCUUGCAUCGCCCCACAGCACUGGAUUAUGUACAUUUCUGAAACUAAACUUAUUUUUUAUAUAUAUCUCUCUAUAUAUAGUCUUGAUUCGGCUUAAAAGUUGCGAGAUUAGAGGCUAAUGUAAAUAAAAAGCUGUGGUGUGCGGACCUCGGAACAUCAGUCAGUGCACUUUUGAGUUUUGCAUGGUGUUAAUAUAUUCAAGACACGUGUUACCUCCCUUGCCAAAUACCUGGUGGUGAACGGGCUUAAGAUGCUGUGUCAGACAUAUGAAGGAACACCUUAUAGUUUCCAUUGUGUAGCAUUUCAGUAUCAAAAUCUGCAUUUAUCUGCUGCAUUUAGGGUACAUUUAAGCUAAUUUAGUCUGAACACUAAAUUAACAUUUAAGAAAAGACAUUUUGUAGAUGUUGGUUGGUUGGUUGAUCUGCUAGAUGCUUUUGUAAUGAAAUUGGAAGAAUAGCCUCAAUUUAUAAAUUAAACAUUUAGGCUCCAAAGUUGUUACUUUUUUAUUUGUACUUCCUCCUUGGGAACAGUCUGUACUCAAGAGUUUGAAAUAAGAGAGCAACUGGACAUGUGCAGAACCUGCAAGUAAUGAUGGGAAUUGUAGUUUUAAAAUGGUAUUGAUUUUGAUGGGCCCUACAUGAUCAGGUAUUCAUUUUACUUUGAGUCAGUCCUUGAGGGUGUAGCUGCUUUCAUGUCAUGGCCAGGUAGGAUUACUAACGUACUAGGCAGGCUGGAGCCCUGAAUAUACCACAGCUUCUUGCCGUGCAAAAUCUAACCUGAAAUGGUUGUCUGGAUCCUUCUAGCAGGUAUUAGAUUAAACGUGAGAGGGUCAAGGUGACCUUUCAUUACUGGUUGGAUAACUUCUCUAAAGAAUCUGGAUAGUUCAAGUUACCUUUAACUGGAUCCUGAUUGCUCAGAUUCCUACUAUUUUGGUACCAAAUCUCAGCAAGGUACAGUGCAAAUACCCAGUCCACAAAGGGACUGAAGAGAGGUGUCUGUAGGGGUGGAAUAAACGUCCGCUAACGUGGGAUUUGCGGCCGCACCUAGAAAAAAGGAACAAGUCAGUUUGCCUAGCCGAACUUUUAGGUAAACACUGUGAAUCUGUAUUGAGUCAGGGUGGAGGGUGCACUUCACAAACUAGUUUUCAGAUCAGUUCCCCUCCAGGAGUGAUACGAACACUCCCUGUAAUAAACUGAUGCUUGGUAAAUCAUGUUCCAGAAAGUUUAGGGUUUAGCCAGUGCUUCCAGUUUUGAGGGAUCUAACAGAAAUUGACCUGACCACAUCUACAAAACUGUUCUUGAGAUUCCUGACUAAUGUAUGGGCUCCCAAUUCAGAAGCACAGGAGCUUUUACAGGAACCAGGUACAGAUGAAGCUUACAAACUGAGGGAGGGGAAUUCUCUGAAAAAUAAUUUAAGUAAUUGAUUUAUUGGUAUGCAAUAGUUAUUUGCUUUGCAUACUUUUUUAUGUAGCAAAUUAUACAGUAAAAAAAGAGGAUGAUCAAAUUGUUCUUUUUAAAACUCAAUUUCAGAAUGUGUAGUCUACCUUUGGGAUGAAGGAGCAGCGCUUGCUGUAAAUUUCUACAUGUUGUAUUCUGUUUGUAGAAAUGUGCUGGCUAAUCCAAGCUUUGGCAAGGGACAUGUUCUUAAAUUUUAUGAAACAGACAGACAGAUGUAACACAAUUUGCACACACCACUGCAGACAUGACCAGCAGACACUUCACACACCACGGCCUGGAUUCACUCAGAAAUCAUAGUGGUGUCCUAGCUGUUAUAAAGCAUUGUUAUGGCUCUGCUGUAAUUUUAUUUGAAUUCAGGCCUGAGACAUUCUUAUAACACUAGAGGAAAAUAGCUUCCAUGAUACAGAUCAGAAGGACAAGUGCUUCAAAAGCAAUUAUAUGUCUACUUUUCUAUUGCUAUUUUUGAUAGACAUUUCUCUAGAUGCUCAUAAUUGGUUUCUCCAGCAAUUCUUGCAGUUCUGGUAAAUGCAUUAUUAAGCUGCGAUUGGUAGACAAAAUGCACUUUGGACUUUUAUUUUGAGUUCAGCGCAUUUUAGGUUUUUUUUUUUUCUUUUUGGAAGGGGGGUGUCCUUUUCCAAAAUGACUUGGUAAAAGAUACAAAAGAAAACCACAAAAGAGUUUUGAGUCUUUUUCAUAUUACCUCUGAAUUUAAAAAAAACAAACAAAAAAAAAAAAAAACCUGUGACUUUGAAUUUUAAAGUGUUUUGGAUGAGUGCUCUCAUGCUCCCUGUACUCGUGGGAUUAAAUUGUGGAAGCGUUUUUCUCUACCUCUGCCAUUGCAACGGCUUUGCGUUCGAGGGCAGACCGAUCGCACAUCCGACUGGUGUGACACUGACUGACCGGAGCUGUGUGAGGGGGAGAGAUUGUACUGUACACUUCCAUUCACUUCAGAGCCAACAGCAUUUCUCUCUGGUGUUCCCUUUACAUUAAUACGAGGUGGGGCAGGAAACCAAGUUGCUUGGUGUGGUUUGACACUUUCAGGAACAUGAUACAAUACAAGGGAUAGCCAGCUUUGCCAGUAUCAGAUUCAGUAUCAGAAUCCUGCCACUGUUUAGGUAAAGUGGGUCUUUUCUCUAUGUCCAGGUUAGAUCUAGAGAUGCAUGCAGAGAAGGGGCUAGAACAAUGACUAAAGUCCUGUAUCUGUAAAGCUUACUUGGCUUCUGUGAUUGGUUUUCUGCGUUCCUCUAUUGAGUGUUUUAUUGGUGGCAGCUGUUAAUCAGCGAUGUUUGUUUGACCUUUCUUGGUGCCAGAGAGCAGCUUUAAUUAAAGGGCACUCUGUAGAUCCUGUAGUUAGGUUUAGUUCCCUUUUCAUAAAUUGAAGCGAACCAGGGUAGGCAGGUAAGGACCUGGUACCAGUCAUGACUAUUGGGGUCCUUGUACUUCUACACCAGGCUGUAUCUUUUACAUACCAGAUUUCUCAUCUGUGAAUGGGUGGCUAGAUCAUUUUCUGCUUUGUUGUCUGCCAGGAAGAACAAUGCACCAAGAAUUGCAGUAAAUACUUGACCUUACAAGUCCAAACAUCCUUCUAAAAUUCAAUCAGUCAACCAGGCACUGGAGUUGGUGUUCUCUGUUAGCUGCAAAAGGACUGUGUGCUUUAGAAUGAGGACUCUGGAAGAAUAAACAUGUGACAUGAUACAUGACCAAGUCAAGAAGAUAAAUGUUUAGACCAAAUGGCCUCUUUAUAUAAAUUGGUUUAUUUCUGUGACUAUCAUUGCAUGUAUUUUAAGAAUCAAAACUCUUUGUUACUCUGAUUUUUAGUUUUGCAUCUUGAGCCCUUUUGCAGUGAACAUCAUCAGCCUAGAACUCUGUGCUCCCAGUUCAGCGAUUUGCCAUCAUAAGCUUCAAAACAUGCCAACUAUGCAAAAUGCAAUUCGAUCGAGUCCUUCUGACAAGGGUCCCCAUCUUUUGAUUUUUUUAUAUAUUCCAGUCUCUUUGUCUAUAGGUGAUUUUUGUACAGUUUUUCUACUAUUUUGAUGUAAAGUAGUUUGGCUAGUUUCGAUUUAGUCUGAAUUGGAGCUGAUCAACAGGUGUAAACAAAUACUGUUUUGAGGGUGAACAGUUCUGCAGAUAAAAUGAGGAAAUAUUUAAAAUAAUAAACAAAAGAAAAAAAAAGCUGCUUCAUUUGUUUGGGCAACCGUUUCUGUAGGAUUAAAACAGCUUACAGAUUUGACCUGGUGUAGUUUUUUUUAAAAGAAAAUCUAUAAGAAGAGUGAAACAAAAAAAAUAUCAUUACAAAAUAAAAAAAGAAAGCAGGCGCUGCUCUGUUCACUCAAGUGCCAAUCCGGCCAUCAAAUGCCCUGGAGGGCUGUCUUUGUAUCUUCUUGGUCUUUUAUGACUUUUUUUUUUUGUUUUGAUUUACUUGAAUGUGCGCGAAUUGUGUGCAAACAUUGCAGCUUGUGGUAUAUUACCUUAACCAAUCCUUACAUUACUUGGCUACAUUCAAGCGUCAUCCUUUACUAUUCUUGCACUAAAGUUUAUUUUCUUUAUUGGAUCAGGACAGAGGAGAAAUAGAAUUGGACGGGUAAUAACUUUGAGUCUUCAACGUAUUCCAGGCCAGCAAGGCCAUGGUGUGUUUAUUCAAGUUCUGGUGAACUAUAUGGGUUCCUCUUCAGCAGGCAACACACUGUUUUAAUACACUUUGUAGCUGAAUUAAGAUAUUUAGGAUUGUGUGGCAAACCUUCAGCUGCUGUUGUCUUUAGAAUACUUGUGUAAAGUAAUGGUGGGCUUUUCAAUGUUUCAGAUACCCAUUUUACAUUCAGCCAAUUCAUUCCCAGUUCCAUACACCAGAUUUCUAGGAUGUGUGGUGGAGUAAUUCCACAGUACUCUGCCCUGGCGUCUCGACUGUACCAAUUCUACUAAAAGUUCUCCAGUUCCACAAGAUCUGGCGUUGAUUUAAAGAACUGGAAUAGGGAAUGAAGAAAUGAUUUGAUUAGUUUUCGGUUGCAUUCGAAACAUCACUCUUAUAACUGCAACAGCUGCAGUUUUGCAGAUGAAGUAUAAUGAUCAACUCAAUAGACUGCCAUAACUGUGAAUAAAUGCACUAUUUGGUAUUUUUCCAGGUAAAUAAAAGUAUAUCAGCUUGUUGAAAUUUAAGAUGCUCCCUGCGUUUCAGUGAAUUGUUUCAGGUUAUUGAACGUUGGAUAUGUUCUACAAAUCUGAGCAAAAAAAAAGAUGCAAAUAAUUGAAUAACCUGAUGAAAAGCAAAUCAAAAAGUGCAUUUAAACAGUACCCCUUAAUCUGUGGAAACAGCUAAGUGGACUGAAAACAGGAACAAGGGUUCGCUUGUCUUCUGUCCAGACUAACGCAAAUAAAACUUUACUCAAUUCACAGUUGGUGUGUUGAAAUUAUUGCAUGCAAAAUGGCUUGUUUUCAAUAAACGUGAAGAUGAACUCACAGGUUACUUUUAAAGGGUGUUAUCUGAGAAGACUUAUAUAAGGGACAUCUAAUGAUUGCUUUAUUAAUAGGAUUAUAGAAUUGAUUACCAUUCUGAUUAGAUGCACAUUUUAAUGUAAUCUAGAAGAAACUGGAGACCCCCUUUUUAUGAAUUCCUUUUCUGGUCCACUGUUUUACUCCUUUUUUUAUUAUUAUUAUUUAUUGAUCUUUUUUGUUUUUGUUGUUUCUGGGUUGGACAUGCUAUGUCCCAUGAUACUUUGACGUCGACAGACUGACCGACCGACCGACUUUUAUGAAUGCGCGUGACGAAGGACAGCCAAAAAACAGAACAUGACACAUACAUACAUAAACACACACACACACACAAAAAAAAAAUUGUUCUUUGGGGUUACACUGUAAACGAAAAACGAUGUUAAAUAAAAAAUAAAUGUGGCAACCCUUA